AUGGUGAUCUUUGAGGAAGAGGAACAACUGCUGAUGGAGAAUAUUCUUGGUGGAACAGAUCAACUAGGCGUUAUCGCGAUUGUUGGUAUGCCAGGACAUGGUAAGACAACUCUUGCCAAAAAGUUAUAUCACCACGAAAACAUAGUCAAUCGAUUUGAUGUUCGUUCAUGGUGUACUUGUGUCUCUAAAGUAUAUGACAGGAGAAAAAUAUUGCUUGAACUAUUAGGCUAUGAGUUUGAACGCCGCGUUGAAAUUGAGAUGAGUGAAGAUGAAUUAAUCCAACAAGUACAAAGGUGUUUUGAGAAAAGGAGAUAUUUCAUAGUUAUAGAUGAUGUAUGGAGCACUGCUAUAUAUGAUGAGUUAGUAAGUUUUUUCCCAAAUAACAACAGCAGGAGUAGAAUUAUCAUAACUACUAGGCUUGAUGAACUGGUUAACUCAUCUGUAAAUUACUCGUUUUGCUAUACUCAUCGUCUUUCUUUUAUCGUGGAAGAUAAAAGUUGGUUGCUACUAAGGAACAUAGUUUUUAAGGAAGAAAAUAGCUGUUCUCAAGAACUUGAGGAAAUAGGGAAGCAAAUAGCGAAAAGUUGUGCAGGGCUGCCUCUAGCAAUUGUAUUAAUAGGGGGUCUUCUUGCAAGAUUGGAUAAGAAAAAAGGCUAUUGGACUAAAGUUGCUCAAUGGUUAAGUGCAAGUGCAAAAGUUGCUGGUGAGGCAGAGUGGUACAUGGACAUAAUAGAGUUGAGUUACAAGCAUUUGCCUAGUUAUUUGAAGCUGUGUUUUCGUUACUUUGGUAUGUUUCUUGAGGAUGAGGAAGUUUCAGUUAAGAAGUUGAUGAGGAUAUGGGCUGCUGAAGGUUAUGUACAGAAUAAUGAGGUGAGGAGUGCAGAGAUUGUCCCGAUGGACUAUUUGAUUGAUCUAAUAACAAGCAAUCUUGUCGUGGUUGCGGAGAGAUUUCCACUUGGUGAUAUGAAAUCAGUUUGUCUUCAUGAUUUGGUGCAAGAUUUUUGCUUGAAUAAAGCUAAAGAAGAGAACUUUUCGCUGAAAGUUGAUAGAUCUCAUGCUUUUGAUCCUGCUACUUCUAAUUCAGCUAGUGAUGUUCAACGGUUCCUGGUUUGCUCGAAAAUGCAGCACUUCAUCAAGUGGCUUCAUCCGACACAACGUGUCCAUACUUUGAGGUUACAUGCCCACAACAUUAAUGAAUUUUACAAUUUAACUGACGGUGAAACGAACAAAUUCAUUCUACCAUGUGGAGCAUUCACUUCAGACUUGUUCAAAUUAUCACUUACAGUACUGGACUUAAGGAACACUGUGAUCGAUGCUUCAGCUCUGGAGGACAUAACAUCCUUGAUUCACUUGAGGUACUUGUCAAUAUUCGGAAAUUUUAGUGAGAUUCCACCAGCCAUAUCGAACCUUACAAAUCUGGAAACGUUUGUUGCAAGACCAAAAAGUGGUACCUUAACUCUUCCAGGGUCUAUCUGGGACAUGAUAAACUUAAAGCACGUGGAUACAAGCGAAGCAAUGAUUUUCAACAGUACUGUUGAGGUUGAAAAAGAGGGUGUUUUCGAGUUAGAGAAAUUAGAAAGCUUUUCGAAAGUAGUCAUAGUGAAUGGAGAUGAUAUAUGUGAAAUGUGCAACAAAGCACCAAACUUAGUCCAACUUGAACUUAUUGUGGAGCAAUGGGACAAUUUGUUUAGCUCUCUUAACUGUUUGAUAUAUCUCGAAACACUAAGUAUCUAUCACCGUGGCGAUUUUCCAAUGAGUGGAACUAACAUGAUGUUCCCUCAAUGCCUAAAAGAGUUAACUCUGUCUAGUUGUGGUUUCUCAUGGGAUGAAAUUUCAACAAUUGGCACAUUACACAACUUGGAAGUGCUUAAUAUACUUCUUUCUGCCUUCACUGGGAAAAAAUGGACAGUUGGUGUUGGUGGUUUCCUUAACCUUAGGCUAUUGAAGUUAGAACAUAGUUCUAUCAAACAUUGGAACAUGUCUGUUGAUUCAUUCCCCUGUCUCGAGCAACUGGUGUUGCGUUGGUGUGGUGAACUUGAGGAGAUCCCCGCGAGUUUUGGAAGCAUGCCUUCGUUGCAGAAGAUUGAGGCGCGGGCAUGUUGUCCCUCAGCCAGGAAAUCUGCUGUGAAAAUCAGGAACAUGCAGAGGGAUGACAUGAAAAAUUUAGACUUCAAAGUCAUCAUAUAUUUAGAUUAG